AUGUUUUGCUUCGAGGAUGUCGCGGUGUCUCCGAUGAGCGUCAGUUGUCUUCUCAACGCGAUGGAUGAGUACAGGCGAGUUCUGAUACCAAUCUCGGUAUAUGACUUCGGACGGCUGUCUCGAAGCCUCAAAGACAUGAAUUUGCACCUGUCUCAGACCCAAAGAUGCGCCGAUACUCCCCACAAGCGCAAUCGGUUCAAGACUCUGUACUUUGAACCUUCGAUCAGAGAUUCCGGCAUCUCGCUUAGUACACCAACUUCGGAUCCAAGGUUCCCUAGUCCCCUUACACCGCCUUGCUAUCCUGUUCCUGGUAUCCCUACCGACGAGGAAGCUCUAAUCAAGAGCGAGCUAGACUUUCUGGUGGACGAGCUUGCUGCUCGAUACGCCGGCGACGAUAGCAGGGAUUUCGAGUUUCUUGUUCCUGACCGCUGUGAUUCGCCUACCCUUGGUUAUUUCCCUGUUACAAUGGCUUCGAGGUCCCGCGUGCCACUGCCAUUGCGCGGACAGAACGACAGUAACAGCAACGGCAAGAUCAGAAGGCACCCUCCGGCACUACCAGGUGCAAGCCAUCUCAACUCACCAGUCAACCUCUCGAUUCGCGAUCUGGCCACAAGCCCAACACCUAUCAAUGUCAAAGAGACCAGUCCCCGUCCGAAACCGACCAUCAAUCCAUCUUCACCUCUCCUCGGUCUACCCCAUGUAUUUCGCCGCCUCGCCAUCACAGACCCCCAUAUCAACGGCCAACCUAUCCGCUUCUUGUCUCGAGACUACGUGGCUGGAGCAAAUAGUCUACAAGUGGGCAGUUGCACGUUCAUGAAUCUGGCUUACGGCGCAGACGUCGAAUGUGGGUUGCGCGUCGAACCAAACUCCUCUCGAAAUACCUCUGCAUCACAAACAGUGAUCUUGCAGAUUGUACAGAGGGUGGUCAGAGUCAGGGAUGGAAGCAGCGUAUGGCUUCUAUGCUCUGAAGUCGAUGUAUCGUCUUCAUUCACUGCACUAGUGAGAAGGGAAGUGGCACUUGCUGCUUCUGCACGUACGCCAGAUACAGCGGGAUCGAAACACAAGCGCGGUGCUGGCAACGAAGACGAUAUAUGGGUUUCCCUGGCUCAACAAUUGGAGACUUCAUCCUACGGCCCAAGUACAACUCGUUUGCCUACUUCCUCCUCCUCCGCCGUCAAAACCAAAAGCACAACAACACCAGCAUUAUCAGACUUGCUCUCUCUACUCACCGAACUCCGCUUUCUGCACCGCCAAUUCUUUGUUCUUUCACCCAAAAAGUCAAAGUCUGGAGAUGACGUGGAGUUUGGUAUCCCUUACUUAUCUAGUAGUUUGCAUACUUCUCUGCUCUCUCUGCCCUGGCCCAAACCUUCAGCACAUGAGAAGGGAAGGCAGAACACUAAUCCCCAUGGCCACAACACUUCCAUCUACACCUCUGACCUUGAUGCUCGCACUCCUUUGACAACUUUUAUCAACACAGCGGCUCUUGCGGCAGGAACUUGGCUUGGAGGGAGUUGGGGUCAACCCACGAUUCUGAGGGAAGUGUUGAGUCUGCCGCCCAUGGCGAAGAAGGAUGGUAACGAGGAAGAAAGGAUUGGAAUCUACGGUGUCAAAGUUGCCGAGGCUUGGGGGCAAGGAAAACAGGGUUUGGGGUGUUGGAUUUGUUUUUUGGUGCCCGAGGGUGUGGAGAGGGAACUUUGA